CCUCGCUGGUGCACCAGGCCAUAAAGAAGUAAAGUUAACCGUAAACCAGUGACGCUACUACAACUGAUACGACUACACCGAGAUCCUGAGCGUCAUUUCUGCAACAUGGAGCAUCCAUCAAAAACACAAUCUUCAUUAGAGAUCGAUGUGGAUUUAGGAUUUGCGCUCUUUUUCCUCUUUCUUCUCUGCCUCUUCCUGGUCAUCACAGUUGUCCGCUGUGCCCAAACAGUGGUCGACCCUUACGGCUCCAUCCCCACGUCCACUUAUCAGGAGGAGCAGAUCACUAACUGACGGUUGCUUUGGCCCAUCCCACAUAGUGAACUCACUGUGGGUGUUGGGCCUGAGAUUUUGUGAGGACCAGACAUGCAAGCAUUGUCAUCAUGACAUUGUCGCAAAGCAGCUUUACACAAUCAAAAGAACUAUUUAAGUUUGUAUAAGUCAAGUGCAAACGUGGAGGAGUUUUGUUUAAUGGACUUUAAACAGAAUCAUCUUACUCUUAGAGUUUUAAUUAAAAAUCCUCUUUUUGUAGUCGUUCUAGGUCUUAUAAAAUUUUAAAUAUUUAUGCAUUAAUGUGUUAAAAAAGAAACAAACUGGCAAGAUCUUAAACAUGCUUGAUCCAGCAGCAGAUUGCUGUUGAAAGCUACAGGUUUCAAGAGAAUGAAGGGAAUUUUUAAGCUCAUGCCAAAUACAUGUCUAAGACUUUUGCACAGUGAUCGAUUGAUUAGUUAAUUCUGUGUAAACACUAAAGCCUGGGGUAUGAAAAUCAUCAGUUUUUGG